UGCUAAAACAUGUUACUAAGUAUAUUUAACCAUUCAUAAUUCAUUGAUUCUAGUCACAAUCGUGUUUACAAUGGUUAAUAAAAGCUUGUGUUUUUGCUUCCUAAAUCGUAAGAGCAGCAAAGCUAAGCAAGAAGGAUCAUCUUCACAUUCAAAAUCAAGUCACAGAAGUAGAGGUAUCAACAACGCCAUGUCAGCCGACAGUUAUGGUAGUAACCACGUCGGAGCCACCACCAAUCCAGGUGGCAACAACGCGGGAGCAGCCGCAUUAGCGGUCAUCGCCACGUCACAUAUAGCUGACAUGGAUGGUAGUUCUCAUGGCGGUGGUGGUGGCGGUGGAGGCGACGGUGGUGGCGGAGGAGGAGAAUGAAUUGAAGUGCUCAAUUUAUUUCAGCUUUUUUGGAUUGAUUUUUUUGUGGCUUGAUUUGGGUGAAUUAAUGUGUGAUGGUUGUUGUGUGUGGCAGUCCAACGUUCAGUUCUGGUUGUAUCAGUUGUUUUAGCCAGUGAACAUGAAUUGUAUGUGCGAUUUUGGAAUUGGGAGUUAAAAAGUUAAGUAUUU